AGGUCGAUUGCAAGUUUAAUAAGUACAGGAGAAAGUUGGCUCUUAUCACAAGGCCGCCUGCUGAAACAUAAGGCCAAUCUUUCUCUCUCGUCUCUCUCUCUCUGACUCUCUCUCGCUCUCAUGGAGAACGGUAAGCAGCCACUUCUCUCCUCCAGUGGGGACCAAAGCCAAGACCAAGACCAGCUACAGUCGGCCCCUGUAGCAACAAACAGUUCCUCUGCUGCCACCUUCUUCACCGGUGCCGUUGACAUCCCUCCUAUCAAUGGGCCUCGUGAUUUCUUCAGAGAGUUCCUCAUUGAAUCAAAGAAGCUCUGGUACCUCGCCGGCCCGGCCAUCUUCACCUCCAUAUGCCAAUACUCCCUCGGCGCCAUCACCCAAGUCUUCGCGGGCCACGUUGGUACGCUCGACCUCUCCGCCGUCUCCAUCGAAAACUCUGUCAUCGCCGGCUUUUCCUUCGGGUUAUUGCUUGGAAUGGGGAGCGCGUUGGAGACGCUGUGCGGGCAAGCGUACGGAGCCGGACAGCAGGACAUGCUUGGAAUCUACAUGCAAAGGUCAUGGGUGAUCCUGCUGGCCACGGCUGUGAUUCUAAGCCCGUUAUACAUCUUCGCCGGGCCACUCUUGAAACUCAUCGGGCAGACCGAUGCCAUAUCGGAAGCUGCGGGAGUCUUCGCCAUUUGGAUGAUUCCGCAGCUUUUCGCUUACGCCCUGAACUUCCCCAUCGCCAAGUUCCUCCAGGCCCAGAGCAAGAUCAUGGUGAUGGCUGUGAUUGCGGCGGUGGUUCUGGUUCUGCAUACUCUCUUCAGCUGGCUGUUAAUGUUGAAGCUUGGGUGGGGUCUGGUGGGUGCGGCGGUGGUGCUCAACUCAUCGUGGUGGAUCAUAGUGUUGGCACAGCUGGUGUAUAUCUUCAGUGGGACUUGCGGUCGCGCUUGGUCUGGCUUCUCGUGGAAGGCGUUUCAGAAUCUCUGGGGAUUCGUUAGAUUGUCUCUCGCCUCCGCAGUGAUGCUCUGCUUGGAAGUUUGGUAUUUCAUGGCGUUGAUCCUUUUUGCUGGAUAUCUAAAGAAUGCCGAAGUUUCAAUAGAUGCCUUGUCCAUAUGCAUGAACAUAUUGGGCUGGACGAUCAUGGUAGCUCUUGGGAUGAAUGCCGCCAUAAGUGUGAGAGUGUCAAAUGAGUUGGGCGCAGCUCAUCCAAGGACAGCAAGAUUCGCGCUAGUGGUGGCAGUGGGAACUUCAUUUUUGAUCGGACUUGUCCUCGCACUUAUUCUGAUUGUCUCACGAAACGUGUACCCGUCUCUGUUUUCGAAUGAUACAAGCGUGGAAGACUUAGUCAAGGAGCUCACGCCAAUACUGGUUCUGUGCAUUAUCAUUGACAAUGUUCAACCAGUUCUCUCUGGGGUGGCCAUUGGGGCAGGAUGGCAAGCUGUUGUUGCUUAUGUCAACAUUGCGUGUUACUACCUUUUUGGUGUCCCUUUGGGUCUCAUAAUGGGUUACAAGCUUGAUAUGGGUGUCAAGGGCAUUUGGUAUGGAAUGAUGAUAGGAACAAUCGUACAGACGUGUGUUCUUUUCAUCAUCGUUUAUAGGACCAACUGGAACAAAGAGGCUUCUAUUGCUGAAGACAGAAUAAAGAAAUGGGGAGGACCUUCUUCAGAACCCAGGGAGAACGAUGUAGAAAAAACAGCCGACACCUGAAAGUGCUAAGAAACGUACGUGCCAGGCUUUUUUGCAAAAGUUCCAAAUAAAAAAAAAAAAAAAAAAAAAAAGGCGUGCAGGUUCUAACAAUAACAUCGAUCAGUGGCGAAUGCAGGCCUUACUUCUAAGCAUAUUUUCUUCAGCAUUUUGGGCCCUAUGGGCCGCAAGAGCUCUUUCCACAAUUUAGUGUAGCAUCACGUUUUUCUUUCAAGAGCAAUUUAUUUUGACGUACUGCCGGCAUUGGAGCACCAUGAGCAAAUAUUCUUCGAGUUUGUUUUCUUUGUUAAGAGCAUCUACGGCGGCAAUUUCGCUA